AAAGCUUCUAAUUUUGUUAUUGGUCAUGACUUCAUUUUUAAAAAUAUCAUUUUCUAUAGGAAUUUUCAUUGUUUUCAUUGUUACAUUAUUACGUACCAGACUCUCAGUUUUUCUUAAAUAGAGAUGAAGUUUCAUGUCUUUUUCAAAAAGUUGUUUAGCAGUAUCAUCCAAGUGUUUAAAUAAUUUACUUCUAACAAAGUGAAAAAAUGGAAGCAAAUUUAUUUGAGCUAAUUCGGAAGCAUGAAGACUCGAAACUUCAUAGAAGUGAUAGUUCAGUAAUCUGCACAACAAAGAUUUGGUUAUUAGAUACUGAAUAUAUUCACAAUGAAUCUAUAAAUGAUCAUUAUUGGGGAAAAAAUUGUAUCAGAGAAAUAUGUUUAAGACCAUUAAACGAUGAAUUUUGUUUACAUGCUCAAGUAUGGCCGUGUGUUACUUAUCAAAAACUGGCAGAAAAACAUCGAAAAGCAUUUGACCAUUGUAAAAAAUAUGUACAUGGAUUAACAUACGAUCCAAGUUUAUUGUACAAUUCUGAGAGUAUUUUUUGUACUGAUAUUUACGAUUACUUGAAAACACAAUUUAUAAAAUAUCCAAUAAAUUUAGUUUUGUAUAAAGGUGGUGUAAUGGAAGCUUCAAUUUUAAAAUGUUAUAAAAACGUUUAUUUUUUUGAUGUUGGUAUGUUUUCAUUUCCAAAAAUUAAAACUAUGAAUUAUUUCUAUGAUGAGACAAUUUGUAACGCUCAUUUUGUUGGUGAAAUUUUUAAUAUGAGUCAUAUGGAUCAUUGUUGUAAAUAUGAAACUAAAAUGUUAAAAAAUUACUUAAUUGAUUUUAUAUAUCACGUAAAAGGCAAUAAUGAAAAAAGAGAACAGUAUAAAGACUUGGUUAAUUUAAUUCGAGAAAACAACCGAUGUGAAGAAAUAAAUCAAACAAUUUGUAAAUGUUUUGACAAUGUUUAUCGUUGA